AUGACUUGCACUGUUCUGUUAAGUAACUGUAAGUUUGACUUUGCGAAAAUUCAAUGUCUCUCAGACUCAGACUCACUCACUGAGAAACCUCCAAAUCGUGAGGAACCAAUCCAUAGCUCCAGAUCUAGCUCUCUUAGAUCUGAUUCCAUGGAUUGCUCUCUUCUUCUAAUCUCUCUCUUACUCACAAUUCCUUCAUUUGCUGCCUCUUCUUAUGUGGAAGAACAAAAUAGAGACAGGAUCAUUGAGUUACCUGGACAACCUAGUAAUGUCGAUUUCAGACAGUACUCAGGUUACAUUACUGUGAAUGAAGAACGUGGAAGGGCUUUGUUCUACUGGCUUGUCGAGUCUCCAUCGACCCGUGACCCAAAGUCUAGACCUUUGGUUCUGUGGCUCAAUGGAGGUCCUGGUUGUUCCUCUGUUGCCUAUGGUGCUGCUGAAGAAAUCGGACCUUUUCGUGUUGGGUCUGAUGGGAAAACUCUUCACCCCAAACUUUAUGCUUGGAAUAAAUUAGCGAACUUGCUUUUCUUGGAGUCUCCAGCUGGAGUUGGUUUCUCAUAUACAAACACCACUUCAGAUCUCUACACAACCGGUGAUCAGAGAACUGGUCAUUUUGUUCCUCAGUUGUCUAAACUCGUCUAUGAAAGAAACAAGGGCUUCAAGAGCCCUGCGAUAAACCUCAAAGGCUUUAUGGUGGGAAAUGCUGUUACAGAUGACUACCAUGAUUAUAUAGGAACAUUCGAAUACUGGUGGAAUCACGGUCUCAUAUCCGAUUCCACUUAUCACCAACUAAAGACGGCGUGCUACUCAGUAUCAUCUCAGCAUCCUUCACUACAGUGUAUGGAAGCUUUGAGAAACGCCGAACUAGAGCAAGGAAACAUCGAUCCGUAUAGCAUUUUCACCAAACCCUGCAACAAUACUGUACAGCUCAAGAGCUUCUUGAGGCCAUGGAUGUCAAGAGCAUAUGAUCCUUGUACAGAGAGGUAUGCGAAUGUGUACUUUAACCGCGUGGAAGUUCAGAAGGCUCUACACGCAAAUGUCACUCGCUUGCCUUACCCUUGGAAAUCAUGCAGUGACAUUGUAGGAAGCUAUUGGACAGAUUCACCUGUUUCUAUGCUACCAAUAUACAGAGAACUGAUUGCUGCAGGUCUCAAAAUAUGGGUCUUCAGUGGAGAUACAGACGCGGUGGUUCCUGUGACUGCAACCCGAUACUCUGUAGAUGCACUGAAGCUGGCUACCAUCACCAACUGGUACCCUUGGUACGAUCAUGGCAAGGUUGGUGGAUGGAGUCAAGUGUACAAAGGGCUUACAUUAGUGACAGUAGCAGGAGCUGGUCAUGAAGUGCCUCUACACCGUCCUCGUCAAGCCUUUAUUCUUUUCAGAUCCUUUCUAGAGAAUAAACCGAUGCCAAUGACCUGA